UAUUUAAAGAGAUUCCAGCAGAUGGUGGAGGAACUUUGUUGUCAGACGCGCGCUUGCCACCAGCCGCAGCAGGAGCCACACCGGCAGCGGCGGCGUCUUCUCCGACAUGCCGUCCCAUUCGCUGGCGCCCUUUGCGGAAGUGGAGCGCCACUCGUGCAAGAACUUCACCAGCCCGGCGGCGACCCCGCGGCCUCCGGUCGGCGGCUUCCUGCGCCACCAUUCCCUCUGCCCCGCCACGCUGCGCAACUUUGACGAUUCCUCGCCUCGGGGGCCGCAGUGGCGGCGGGACGGCCGUCUCCCUCGCUCGCCGCUCACCCGCCUUCCCUUCAGGGCGGACCGCUCGGUCAGCGUGACGGAGGGCGAGGUCCUUCCGGACGAAGAGGCGCCUCCGUCCGCCCGGCCCCUGCCCGGGCUUUGGCACAGCGAGCUGAAUCAGGGCCUAGCCUCGCCCCGCCUCCCCCCGCGCUACAAGACGGAACUGUGCCGCACUUUCGAGGAGAGCGGCACGUGCAAGUACGACGCCAAGUGCCAGUUUGCGCACGGGGUGGACGAGCUGCGAGGGCUGAGCCGCCACCCCAAGUACAAGACGGAGCCGUGCCGCACCUUCCACACAGUGGGCUUCUGCCCUUACGGCGCCCGCUGCCACUUUGUCCACGGCGCCGAGGAGCUGGCCAAGCCCGGCCUGCUCCACAGCCUCAGCUUUGCCGGGUCGCCCCGUCCGCGCUCUCCCCGCCUGUCCCGGGCCUGGUCCGCGUCGCCCUCGGGUUGUCCGCGGCUCCUGUGGCCCCUUUUCCCGGAGCCGGGGCUCCUGCGCCCUUGCCCCUACCCGUUGUCCGCCGCCACCGAGCCGGCCCAAGAAGAUGCUCUUGUUUUUUUUGCCCUCGGCGAGUGCGACGACACCGACUCUGUUCUCGGUUUCCUCCCCGCCGGCGAGAGCGACCCGGCGGCCGACUCGGCUCACGGUUUCCUUGCCGCUAUCGCGCAUCCUGCUGCGCCUGCCGCCAAACGCUCGCCCUGCCGCCUGGCCGCUCCCCAGGCCUCCUCCUCCCUCGGGCCCCUCGGCCCCCCCGGCCUGCGGCGCUGCUCCUCGGCCGGCUCGCUCUCAGAGGAAGGCUACGCUUCGUCCUGCUCUCUGAGCCCGGCUUCCAGCGGCGGCGAGUCGCCGGGCGGCGAUGCCCGGCGCCUGCCCAUCUUCAGCCGCCUGUCGGUUGCGGACGAGUAGACGGGGCUCCGACUUUCUCGUCCGUCGCCCGUUUAGCGUGACUGGCCCGAUCCGUAGCCCCGUGUGAAUUGUUUCACCUUCGGGUGCUUUUUAAAAAUGCGAUUGUCUUUUUCUGACUGCCGAUAGGUGAGCGCACACACCCUGGCUUUUGGCGGCCCAAUGUGAAAAGUUGCUUUUGCGCGCCAUGAAGCGACACAACCUAUGCUGAUCUUAUUUUGUACUUUUCUCCUAAAUGAAGUCCUAUUUAUUUCUUUUGUUUAUUUCUUGUGUUGCGGUUCGGUGCUGGUUGCCCUGACCAAGACACGCACACGCACACACACACGUACACGUACACGUUGAUAGACUUCCAUGCAUCUUUGCAAAGUGACAUGAAGUGAAAAUGCCUUUCAUGUGUUCCAAUCUCACAAAACAACACCGUUUCCGUUGAAUAAAGUCAAAUAGUAAAACAGCAGAAA